AUGGCGGAGCGGAGGAUCUCCUAUGCUCCCGACGUGGAGAAUGGUGACCAUUCUCGACCUGCACCUGAUCUUAACGAUGGCGCUGGCCUCGACGAGUAUGCCGCGUUGAACCGUUACAUUUCCACCGCUCGUGACAAGCGCCGUGGCUCGACCUCGAGUGCCGGUGCUCUCAGCGAGAAGGGUGGUAAGAAGCCCUGGUACGCCUUCUGGAAGAAGGGUGGUGAGGGCAACACCGAUGGCUUCGUCUGCCCCGACGAGUGGGUUGAGACCGACAUCCGCUCUGGUAUCAGCUCCAACGAGGUUGAGCCUCGUCGCAAGCGCGCUGGAUGGAACGAGUUGACUACUGAGAAGACCAACUUCUUCAUCCAGUUCAUUGGUUACUUCCGUGGUCCUAUUUUGUAUGUUAUGGAAUUGGCUGUCCUUCUCGCUGCUGGUCUGCGUGACUGGAUCGAUUUGGGUGUCAUUAUCGGUAUCUUGAUGCUUAACGCUGUUGUCGGUUGGUACCAGGAGAAGCAGGCUGCCGACGUUGUCGCUUCUCUCAAGGGUGAUAUUGCUAUGAAGACCAUUGUUAUUCGUGACGGCCAGGAAUCCGAGAUCUUGGCUCGUGAGCUCGUUCCCGGUGACAUUGUCAUUAUCGAGGAAGGUACCGUCGUUCCCGCUGAUGUUCGCCUGAUCUGUGACUACGACAAGCCCGAAAACUUCGAGCGCUACAAGGAAUACCUCGCUACCGCCAACGACGACACCCUCAAGGAGAAGGAGGAUGAGGAGGAUGAGGACGUCAACGAGGCCCACACCGGUGUCUCCCUCGUUGCCAUCGAUCAGUCCGCCAUCACUGGUGAAUCUCUCGCUGUCGACAAGUACAUGGCCGACACCUGUUACUACACCACCGGUUGCAAGCGUGGCAAGGCCUACGGUGUUGUCACUGCUACUGCUAAGCACUCCUUCGUUGGUAAGACCGCUGCUCUGGUGCAGGGUGCCCAGGACCAGGGUCACUUCAAGGCUGUCAUGGACAACAUCGGUACCUCUUUGCUCGUUCUCGUCAUGUUCUGGAUUGUCGCCGCCUGGAUUGGUGGUUUCUACCGUCACUUGAAGAUCGCCACCCCCGAGGACUCUGACAACAACUUGCUGCACUACACUUUGAUUCUGCUCAUCAUUGGUGUCCCCGUCGGUCUUCCCGUUGUCACCACCACCACCCUCGCUGUCGGUGCCGCCUACCUCGCCGAGCAGAAGGCUAUUGUCCAGAAGCUCACUGCCAUUGAGUCCCUCGCUGGUGUCGAUGUUCUCUGCUCUGACAAGACCGGUACUCUCACUGCCAACCAGCUGUCCAUCCGUGAGCCUUUCGUCUCUGAGGGUGUUGACGUCAACUGGAUGAUGGCUGUCGCCGCUAUUGCCUCCAACCACAACAUCAAGAACCUCGACCCCAUUGACAAGGUCACCGUCCUUACUCUCCGUCGUUACCCCAAGGCCCGUGAGAUUCUCGCCCGUAACUGGGUUACCGAGAAGUACACUCCCUUCGACCCCGUCUCCAAGCGUAUUACCACCAUCUGUACCUGCGACGGUGUCCGCUACACUUGCGCCAAGGGUGCCCCCAAGGCUAUCCUCAACAUGUCCGAGUGCUCCGAGGAGGAGGCCAACCUCUACCGUGAGAAGGCCACCGAGUUCGCCCGCCGUGGUUUCCGUUCCCUUGGUGUUGCUGUCCAGAAGGAGGGUGAGCCCUGGCAAUUGCUGGGCAUGUACCCCAUGUUCGACCCCCCUCGUGAGGACACUGCCCACACCAUCGCUGAAGCCCAGGUUCUCGGUCUCUCCGUCAAGAUGUUGACUGGUGACGCCAUUGCCAUCGCCAAGGAAACUUGCAAGAUGCUUGCCCUCUCUACCAAGGUCUACGACUCCGAGCGUCUCAUCCACGGUGGUCUUGCCGGCUCUGCCCAGCACGACCUCGUUGAGAAGGCUGACGGUUUCGCUGAGGUUUUCCCCGAGCACAAGUACCAGGUCGUCGAGAUGUUGCAGCAGCGUGGUCACUUGACUGCCAUGACUGGUGACGGUGUCAACGACGCUCCCUCCCUCAAGAAGGCCGACUGUGGUAUCGCUGUCGAAGGUUCCACCGAGGCCGCCCAGGCCGCCGCUGACAUUGUCUUCCUCGCCCCCGGUCUCUCCACCAUCGUCGAUGCUAUCAAGCUUGCCCGCCAGAUUUUCCAGCGUAUGAAGGCCUACAUCCAGUACCGUAUCGCUCUGUGUCUCCACUUGGAAAUCUACCUUGUCACCUCCAUGAUCAUCAUCAACGAGACCAUGCGUGCCGACCUGAUCGUCUUCAUCGCCCUGUUCGCUGACUUGGCCACCAUCGCCGUUGCCUACGACAAUGCUCACUUCGAGGCCCGUCCCGUCGAGUGGCAGUUGCCCAAGAUCUGGGUUAUCUCCGUCGUCCUUGGUAUCUUGCUUGCUGCCGCCACCUGGAUCAUCCGUGCUUCGCUCUUCUUGACCAACGGUGGUAUCAUCCAGAACUUCGGUUCUCCUCAGCCCAUCCUCUUCCUUGAGGUUGCCCUUACUGAGAACUGGUUGAUCUUCGUCACCCGUGGUGGUAAGACCUGGCCCUCUUGGCAGUUGGUUGGCGCCAUCUUCAUUGUCGAUGUGCUCGCCACCCUCUUCUGUGUUUUCGGAUGGUUGUCCGGCUACGAUGAGACCAGCCCCAAGGACCCCGCCACCUUCUCCGAGAACGACGACACUGACAUUGUCACCGUCGUUGUCAUCUGGGCCUACUCCAUUGGUGUUACUGUCAUCAUUGCCGUUGUGUACUACCUCCUCACCAUCAUCCCCGCCCUCGACAACCUUGGCCGCAAGACCCGCUCCAAGGCUGACACCAAGAUCGAGAACCUGCUUGGCCAUCUCUCCAAGCUGUCCAUCGAGCACGAGACUGAUGCCCACGGCAAGUCCCGCUACACCCUUGGUGCCAAGGCUGAGGCUGAGGAGGAUGAGUAA